AUAAUCCAGAACCACCGUUGAGUAAAGAUGAUUUGAAAAAAAAAAAAAUAAACACUGGUACGACGCCACGCUUAGCCGUACACUCCCACUCUCCAAUCCGCCCGAAACUCAGCCUCUGCAGGAACUUUUCUGCCAUCCAUCUACCACCUCCACCACCAUCGCCACCAUCAAUCACCGUAAAUUGAAUUGACAGUGAAAUGUAAAUCCUCUAGCCCGUAAUUGUUUUAUUAACAGCAGCUUCGCUAUACUAAAAUCUGAUUAAGCAUCUAUCUGAGUCUUUGAGUCCCACCUACUCAACUUGAUUGGCUGGCUAUGGCUGGAGCUGCUUCAGUGUUCACUGUUAAUUACUCUUGCAACUAGCAAUUGCUGGUAGCUUUAAUGUAUUUACUAAUAUGCAAAGCAUUACAUCAUUCUAUGCUAGGGAGGAUCAAUUAAAGUUCCACAUCAGUACUGAUGUUUAGAAGCAGCAAUGUUGUUUCCAGGAUUUUUGAGCGCCAAGUUCGCACGCCUGCUCCUGGAACCAGUGUUCAUUGUGCUAGGCAAUUUUAUGAGAACUUAGUCCCAAGUUAUACAAUACAUGAUGUUGAGUGCCCAGAUCAUUCAUUCCGCAAAUUCACUGAUGAUGGUCAAUACCUCAUUAGUUUUAGCAGAAACCACCAGGAUCUGAUUGUUUAUAGACCUAAAUGGUUGUCAUAUUCGUGCAAAGAAGAAGAUUGUGAUCUACCCUCAAAAGCAAAGAAAUUUGAUAGCUUCUUCACGCAACUGUACUGUGUUUCACUUGCUUCCAGCAAUGAGUUUAUAUGCAAAGAUUUCUUUCUUUAUGUGGAGAGUAGCCAAUUCGGUUUGUUUGCUACUUCUACUGCACAAUUUCAUGAUAUGCCUGCUACAGGAGGAGCUAUUCAGGGAGUCCCUUCCAUAGAAAAGAUUACUUUUCACCUUUUGAGAUUGGAAGAUGGUGUGAUUCUGGAUGAGAAGGUCUUUCGGAAUGAUUUUGUUAAUCUGGCCCACAACAUGGGUGUCUUCUUAUAUGAUGAUUUACUGGCAAUCGUGUCACUUCGUUAUCAAACAAUACACAUUCUCCAAAUUAGAGAAUCGGGUCACCUUGUAGAUGUGCGUGCCAUAGGUGCAUUUUGCCGUGAAGAUGAUGAACUUUUCCUCAACUCAAGUGCUCAGUCCAUGGCAAUCCCUGACAAAAGUAAAAUGCAUCAAUCAUCUAGGAAUCAUGUUGAAAGCAGUUUGCACAAUUCCCAACCAAGUUCAGAAAACUCUUUUCUGAGUGGCAUCAAACAACGCUUGCUUUCUUUUAUUUUCCGAGGAAUAUGGAAUGAAGAAAGACAUGAAUCCAUGCAGAGGGUCCAAUGCUUGAAGAAAAAGUUCUAUUUCCAUUUUCAAGAUUAUGUUGACUUGAUCAUCUUGAAGGUACAAUUCUUGGAUCGACAUCACCUGCUAAUCAAAUUUGGUAGCCUAGAUGGAGGAUUUCAGGUACCAAGAACCGCUGAGCACCUUCCGUCAUUCUUUGCUGUAUAUAACAUGGAUACAACAGAAAUUGUUGCUUUUUAUCAGGUAUCAGAUAAUUCAGCAGAUGAGCUUUAUCUCUUGUUUGAGCAGUUCGGUGACCACUUCUACGCAACAUCUAGAAAUUCUCUGUAUAUGAAUUUCAUAUCUUCUCAUUCGAACAACAUUCAUGCCCUUGAGCAACUCCAGUCCAUUAAAAAUAAAGCUAGCACACAGUUUGUGAAGAAGAUGCUGGCUUCUUUGCCUUUCACUUGCCAAUCAUUGAGUCCUUCUCCCUAUUUUGACCAAUCUCUCUUUCGAUUUGAUGAGAAGCUCAUUUCUGCAACUGAUCGGCUUAGGCCUUCAACAGACCAUCCCAUCAAGUUUAUCUCUAGAAGGCCACCAUGUACUCUCAAAUUUAAGAUUAAGCCAGGUCCCGAAGCUGGAAGUGUAGAUGGUCGAACAAAAAAGGUCUCGCUGUUUCUCUUCCAUCCAUUUUUGCCUCUAGCUCUCUCUAUUCAACAGCCAUCGUUGCAGCCAUCAAUCAAUAUUCACUUCCGGGUAUGAAGGUGGCAGUUCUCUUGCUUGUCAGUCUCCCAUUGGUAAUCCAGUCUCUUCUGAGAUGCGCGAUGAAAUUGUGACAACACAGAGUUGGUGUAUUUUCGUUAACAUGAUCAUAUACCGCUGUGUCAUCUCAGCUUCUUCAUACGAAUAUCUUUCAGAGAAGAAAAUUACAGUAGUCUUUGUAGCUUGCGAAAACACAACCGUAAUCCAUCCAAAAAACGCCCCUUCCCAUCAACACAAAUUCAAUACGCAAACAGCAAGCUACCAACCCUGAAAAUGUUAAGGAUGAGAAGCUUGAGAGAAGUGGAAGACGACUCUACAAACACUCAUAGACUUUUAUUGAUUUCAAACCAACACGCAGAAGCUAAAUCAAAAUCAGUAAUUACUUUGAGAGAGUGACUGCUGUGGUAGACUGUAUUGUAUUCUGAAGUUUAAUGAAGUUUACCCCCCUAAAUUCAAUGGUUAAAAGAUUAACUAACCUUCGGCCGGAACAAAAACGAUCCAGUCCCUUCUAUGGUUCAAUAACAAACCCAAGUGAACCGAUUCAACCCUGCCAAUUUGAAAUAUAAUGGGUUAGAUUGGACAUUCAUGGUUUGAGUUGGGCUACAGGUUAACCAGGUAAGCCUUUAAAUUUGAUCUAACCCGCAAAUAAGUUAAAGUUAAUUUGGUUUGUAAUUUUGAUUAUAAAUGCUAACAAUUUACAUAUUUUUGCGUUUUAAA